AUGUCCGCUACAGAAACACAAACCGCAACGGCGACGCCGCCCCAAGAGCAGCCAGCGGUCCAGUCGCCCCCAGAAAUUACUGUUCUCACUCGAGUCGCGUCGAUCCCCAUGAUCCAUUCAUCCCUCGAGACUAUCAACGAUAAGCUCUCGACUAACACAUACACUCGUUCCACCUACACCGCUGCAAAGGAACUUUCGACCGCCGCGUACAAGCUCAGCGAGCCCCUGCAGAUCAAGCUUGCGCCUCUAAUCAUCAGUGCUGAUGGAUACGCGAACAAGGCUGUCGACGCAGUUGAGUCCAGGUAUCCUUACCCGUUCAAGGCCAAGCCCGAAGAGGUAGUCGAGUACGUCCGCGAGCGAAAGCAAAGCGCUUCAGAAUACGUCCACAUUCGCAUCGACGGGGCCAACAAGACACUCGAUGAAAAGAUCAAGAGCCCUGCCCUCAAUGUCGCGCAUGAUCUGGAUCAACGCCUCUCCCCUUUGGUCGACUACUUUGAGAAGACUGUCACCUCUCUCACCCAUUCCGAACCAGGCCCAUCGUCUCCCGAUGCCCAAUACCAAUAUCAACGUGCUCUUGCCCUCUCGCGUACCCUGAAGGACAGCGUCUACGAGUAUUCCGCAGAGCAAUUGAAGCACAUUCAGGCACAGUCGAUCAUUGUUCAACGUGCUACGGAAUCCGCCCAGUCUAUCAACUCCCUCGCCUCUUCCUCCUUCGCCAAUGCCCAGACCCGAGUUCAGGCCCUCUCCGAGUCCAUGCUCAGUGAGCUCCAGAAACUCCAAUCCCAGACGGCUUCCCUUGCUGCGUCCAUCCAGACCACUAUUAACACCUCCAAGUCCCAGAUCCAAAACAACCUCGCUCCCCAGAUCCAGCAGACUUACUCGGAAAUCUCGUCGGCCCUAGGUGACGCUAUCUCAGACCUCACGGAGAUCUUGAAGAAGAAGGACACCCCGCUCCCGGAAAAGGUCGGUCUCGUCGGCAAGGAGGUUCGCGAACGCGUCACUCCUUUGCUCGAGACCGUGAGGAAGGGCUUCUCGGACAUUCUCGCUCGAGGCAAAGACGUCGUCCAGACCACUUCAGGACCUGCGGAAGCAGUCUCUGAGGAGACACCAUCGUCGGAGGAGAAGGCAACACCGGCAAAUGGCUCUGUUGAACCCCCUUUGAAUGGAGAAACCGGCAAGGCCGAUUCCACCUGA